UCUUUCUUCCUUUCCCCGCUUCCUCCCUGGUCCCCCCGCCCUUUUUCUUUUUUCUUUUUUUUUAAAACCAACUCUCACCCAUAUUCUACUUUUCGGUCAUCGCUUUCGGGACAGAGGUCAUCACUACAGAUGCCUAAUAGAGGGGCACAAGGGUCUGGAGUCACAGCUAAGAUUUUUGAUUUCUUUGGUCACCACAUUCUCAGCACGUGCGAAGGUUAGAUAUAAAAGGAGGGCGGAAGGAAGGUGUUGUCACUGAUGUCCGACGACCCGUGGCCGGCCACCGCAGUCCAAAGCGCUGUCCCUGCGCGCUCCGAUGGGACCAGAGACGCCAGCCCCAGGGUAACCCGAGGCACGUCGCGGGCGGCGCGCUGGCAGCUGUGAUCCAGGUCCGGCGCAGCGUUCCACCAGGGCUCAGCGACCCAACCCGGCGAACAGGCCAGAGGAUCCCAUUUGACGCCUAUCAAGAUUUUACAGAAUGCUGUAAAUAAUUGUCAAAGUUAUUCUUCAAGAAACAGAAAGGCUUGCAACUUUUUCAUAGUAAUAGAAACUUUCACAGUUGCAUUCAAUGCCUAACGUUGCGGAAACCGAAAGGUCCAAUGAUUCUGGAAAUGGUGGACACAAAUCUGAGAGGAAGUCUCCGGAAGAAAAUCUACAAGGUGCUGUCAAAUCUUUCUGCACAAGUGCCUCAGAAGCACCCUUGGGUCCCAGAGGAGAUGGGCAUUAUCCGUGGAGUUGUCCUGUGACUCAUACUCGGGAAAAAAUUUAUGCCAUCUGUUCAGACUAUGCCUUUCUCAACCAGGCAACCUCAAUCUAUAAGACCCCAAAUCCUGCCCGCUCUUCUUGCCUCCCUGAUAGUACCUCAUUAUCUUCUGGAAAUAAUUCGUCAAGGUACAUUGGUAUCCCAACGAGUACAUCGGAAAUAAUCUAUAAUGAAGAAAAUACCUUGGAAAACUUAUCCAACAGCCUGGGCAAGCUACCUCUCGCAUGGGAAAUUGAUAAAUCAGAAUUUGACGGGGUGACUACAAAUUUGAAACACAAAUCAGGCAAUGCAAAGAAACAAGUUUCCAAGAAAAAAACUUCAGAGAAAAAAGGAAGACAUCAGAGGGAGUGUCCUCAGCAUUCUCCUCUUGAGGACAUUAAACAGCGGAAAGUAUUAGACCUCAGACGAUGGUACUGCAUAAGCCGACCACAAUAUAAGACUUCAUGUGGCAUCUCCUCGUUAAUUUCUUGUUGGAAUUUCUUAUAUAGCACAAUGGGAGCUGGAAGUCUUCCACCUAUUACACAAGAAGAGGCUUUGCAUAUUUUGGGCUUUCAACCCCCAUUUGAAGAUAUCAGGUUUGGCCCUUUCACUGGAAACACAACACUCAUGAGAUGGUUUAGACAAAUUAAUGACCAUUUCCAUGUAAAAGGAUGUUCCUAUGUUCUAUAUAAGCCUCAUGGAAAGAACAAAACAGCUGGAGAAACAGAGGUGAUCUUUUUCUGGCUUUGUCCUGAAAUUGUGGGGGUGUCCUACGCUUCAGGAGCCUUGUCGAAGUUAACACGUGGAUUAAAAGAUGAGUCACUGGCUUAUAUCUAUCAUUGCCAAAAUCAUUAUUUUUGUCCAAUUGGCUUUGAAGCAACUCCCCUUAAAGCGAAUAAGGCAUUCAGCAGGGGUCCUCUCUCACCACAGGAAGUAGAAUACUGGAUCUUAAUUGGAGAAUCAAGUAGAAAACAUCCUGCAAUCCACUGUAAAAAAUGGGCAGAUAUUGUUACUGAUCUAAACACUCAAAAUCCAGAGUACCUAGAUAUCCGGCACUUAGAGAGAGGGCUGCAGUUUCGAAAAACAAAGAAGGUUGGGGGAAAUUUGCACUGCCUCAUAGCCUUCCAGAGACUUCACUGGCAAAGAUUUGGGCUUUGGAACUUUCCCUUUGGAACCAUCAGACAAGAAUCACAACCUCCAGCACAUGCCCAGGGAAUCGCUAAAUCUGAGAGUGAAGACAAUAUUUCCAAGAAGCAGCAUGGGCGUCUGGGCCGGUCCUUCAGUGCUAGUUUCCAUCAGGACUCAGCAUGGAAAAAGAUGUCCAGCAUCCACGAAAGAAGGAACAGUGGCUACCAGGGCUACAGUGAUUACGAUGGGAAUGAGUGACCCACUAAGUUCUCAGCACGGUGUUAUCCAUACAGCUUACCUACAGGACUGCAGUACGACAGUGGAAGAUUUCAGUGUCUAAGUUAAUAGAACAGAUCUUGUGGUACAAAGCAUAACCUUGUAGUUUCUAGUAAAUAAGCUUAUAUAUGAUUAUCAUGGGCGAUUUCAGACACAUAAGCAGAUAAGCACAGAUUAUUGCCCUUUUAAAGUUAAGAGUAUAUAAACAAUCUGGACAAAAAGUUUCAUAAAACUCAAAAAUUCACAACUAUUUCUAAACAGAAACAAAUUUACUUAACAGCAUCAAGAUUUGAAAUACUUAAGCAUGAAGUGAUUUAUAACUUGAUCCCUAGAUAUUUGUUACAGAUAGUUUUAUUCCUAAGAUGAAGAUGUAAGGCAUUGUCUGCCCUUAAAAACUGGGGGCUGCUGAUUUCUAGGUUUUGCUAAUGGUUAAAGCUCAUUUAAAAUUAUUUUGAGUCUAGCAGUUCUUUCACUAAUAGCAGUAUCUUGCUUGCCUCAUUAGUUUCCUGAUUAACUGUCUCAGGAUUCUCAAUAAAGAGGCAAAAGAGAAUAGACUCAAAAAAACCUGUCGUUUCUAUUGGUGCAAUGGGUGACUUAGUGCAUUGAUUCCUUCUUGAUUUUUCUGACUUGGUGUGUUAGUAUCAAACAUUGACAAGAACCUUAAGUCUUUAAAGACUCCUGUAAGUCUAGAAUAAACCUGGUUUAGUGAUAGAGUAAAAGAACAUGUGGCAUCCAAAGUUUCUGUACCCAAGGUAAUCUGCAGGGAGAUCUUUUGAUACUUGAUUGGUCCUUCAAAUGGCGACAUAUGUUAAUAACAGCUUUGAAGAUGCAUCAGGAAUGCCCAGGUCACUUGAGAACACUCUCUGCAUUCUAAACUCUGAGCUGUUACCAUAUAGACAAUUAUCUUUUUGAAGUAAGUGUUAAAUAUUUUGGAAGUGUGGGUUUCAUGUAUUUGAGCUUCUCUCUAGCUGCUGUCAGUUUUUCUUCUGCCAAUCAACUUCACAAACAACUAGGAUCUCUUGUUCUUUCCUUUCAGGGGCUUGUUCCAGGACUUAAAUCAGUAACUUGGUGAUUACAAGGUGCUGAAUAUGUUGGUAACCAUAUUGCAAUACACCUCAAGGAGAGGGUUCAGAUUUUUAUUUUUAAAAUAGUUUCAUUUUUUUCUCUUAAAUUUUAUAUCCAUUUGUCCACACAUACACGUCUAGCCUACAGAAAGGGAUAUAUAUUAUGAAAUGGUCAUUUUUCUGAAGAGAAUAUUUUGCUUGAAAUGCAAAGGUCUGAGAGAUUUGUAGGUUGUUGAUUUUGUUACUUCAUACUGGAACUUUUAAAAGGUUUUCAUCUAAUAAAAUUUUGUUUUCUACUUUUAA